AUGACAAUUCCUGGAAAAUGCACGGUCCUCGUCAUUGGCGGGGGCCCAGCCGGCUCGUACGCUGCCUCUGCUUUGGCAAGAGAGGGCAUUGACACGGUCAUCUUGGAGGCUGAUAAGUUUCCACGAUACCAUAUCGGAGAGAGUAUGCUGGCGUCGAUGCGCCACUUUCUCAGAUUCAUUGAUGUAGACUCAGAGUUUGACAAUUAUGGAUUUACGAAAAAGGUUGGCGCAGCUUUCAAGCUAAACCCUAGAAAGCGGGAAGGAUAUACAGAUUUUCUUGCUGCAGGCGGCCCUGAGAACUAUGCUUGGAAUGUAGUUCGAUCAGAGGCAGACCACCUGCUUUUCAAACACGCUGCAAAGAGCGGCGCAAAGGCAUUUGACGGCGUUCAAAUCAAGAAGAUUAAUUUCGUUGACGCUCCAUACAAAGGGUCAGGGGAACUGCCUCACGAGUAUCCCGGCCGACCUGUUUCAGCGACCUACUUGCGAAAGGAUGAUAACACCAUUCAUGAGAUCAAAUUUGACUACAUUGUUGAUGCAAGUGGUCGUGUGGGAUUGCUCAGCACAAAACACUUGAAGAAUCGUAGAUACAACCAAGGUUUGAAGAAUGUUGCUAAUUGGGGAUACUGGAAGGGUGCAGGUGCAUAUGGAAAGGGGACGCCGAGAGAAAACUCUCCAUUUUUUGAGGCAUUGCAAGAUGAAAGCGGCUGGGCGUGGCUCAUCCCAUUGCACAACGGCACUGUCUCCAUUGGCGUUGUUAUGAAUCAAAAGAUGUCUGCUGAGAGAAAGUCGCAGAUGGGCUCUCCUGACUCCAAGACAUUUUAUUUGAACUGUCUCAAGGAGCUGGCGCCUGAUCUCAGCAAGCUCAUGGAGAAUGGAGAGCUCAUCACAGACAUCAAAUCUGCUUCGGACUAUUCGUACAGCGCUUCAGGCUACGCUAUUCCCCACGCUCGAAUCGCUGGAGAUGCUGGCUGUUUCAUUGACCCGUACUUUUCUUCUGGCGUUCACUUGGCUUUUGUCGGUGGCCUGUCUGCAGCCACUACUAUUGCGGCGGCAAUUAGGGGAGAUUGCUCCGAAGAAGAGGCAGCCGACUGGCAUUCCAAGAAAGUUGCCGAUAGCUAUGUCCGCUUCUUGCUGGUCGUCCUGAGCGCCUAUAGACAAAUUCGAGCUCAAAAUGAGCCGGUGCUAAGCGACUUCGAUGAAGACAACUUUGACCGCGCGUUUGCCUUUUUCAGGCCUGUGAUUCAAGGGACAGCGGACGUGGAUAGCAAGCUAUCCCAGGAUGAACUCUCCAAAACUCUCGAGUUUUGCAGCAACGCUUUUGAGCCUGUCAAGCCCGAAGAUCGCUCAAGCAUGCUGGAGAAGCUCGGUCAGAAUCCAGAUACAGCGUAUCAGGUUGACCUUUCUCCUCAGCAGCGAACUGUUGUAGAUCACAUUCGGGCUAGGCAGAUGAUGAGAACAGAGGAUACCAUGAACAUCAAUAGCUUCGGAACCGACGCAAUCAAUGGAUUUAUUCCCACCCUGAAGAAGGGAGGUCUUGGUCUUGUACGCGCCUAA